AUGUAUUUAACAAAGUUCUUCUACUUCGGCGAGGUCCUGACGAAGGCGCGGGGCAUGAGCAGCUGGGGCGACUCCCUGAGGGCGGUGUUCUACGGGCCCGGCUGGGUCCCCGGGGCGCCUCGCCUGGGGGACCCCGACGGCUUCCCGGACGUCAGGGCCCCCCGGGGGAGGUACGACCCCCAGAUGCCCCUGUGGAACGUGUGGUAUUGCAUCGUCCACCUGUUCCUCGCGUUCCUUUUGCAACAAAUGCUUCUCGUGAGGGUUAAGGUAUUCCCCUGGUACACGACCGCCGCCCACCUCUCCUUCAUUUUCCUGACGGUGGGCUGUGUGGGCGGGAUUCAGGACGGGUCUUGGUGGGCGCCGUAUUUAGAGUCGCUUCGGUGUCUUCUCUACGUUUUCCACGCCCACGUCACGCCCUAUCCGGUCGUCGAGGGCGUUUUGGGGGCGUGGUUUGCGUUCUGUUGCUUCGUUUGGUUGAGUCGAGCCUUUAAGGAUUUUAAACCGGGUCAAGAAAUGUGCAAAUCCGAGGACUGGUGA